UUAUUUUUAAAUGACUGGUUUCUUCAAAUUUGUUAAUUUCGUAAUGUUUAAUCUUCUUGAAUGAUUAGGUUAUAAAAAUGACAGUGAUAUGAUUUGAUGUCCUGUAGACAUUACGUCAUUCCCCAUGGUGUGAUAGACUCAAAUGGAAGGAAGCAAUGCGUGUUUUGUGUCGGUAUAAGAAAUGGUAAAGCUUAGGCAUACAUUACCAUGAUUCACUGAGCUUGUUUCCUUUGUGCUUUAAAUGUCUUCCAUGAACCAUAGAAUAGAUGAUUAUUGUUGAGGUUGAAUUUUAAACAGUAAUAAUGUUUAACAGCGUGCAAAACCUGUGGUGUCAGUCAUUUACAGUCCUUUUCUGUACUUCCCAGAUCUCUCCUGUUUAGCGGUGUUGUCCGAUGGGAACCAGUGAUUACCAAUUACAGUAAUACAGUGAUUACCAAUUGUGACUCAUCAAAGAAAUAAAAAUGUAAAAGCCAACGUAAAGGAGUACCAUAGACACAGUUUGAGGGUGGGGUAAAAUCUGCUGUAAUUCCAGUCUACGGUCUGAAUUGCUUGUAUGUGGGCCUGACAUGUGUCUUGGUUGAAACCUGUGACACAGCUCUGAAGAGUCUGUGUGUCCCACUCACAGAGAGGAAAAGGUAGGUCACGCUAACAGCUACAGUAACAGCAAGAGCACACACAGACUAACCAUGAUGUAGCACCUCUACAUUACAGUAAACAUUCUAAUGGUAACUGUGUGUGUAUCCAUGAGAAAUUUCAUCAGUGGAACACACAGUGAGACAAAAUUCACAAAGAAGAUUUUUGUGGGGAAAUUUUUUAUACAUUCCUUUUACAUUUCUUUCUUUCUUAGAACACUGUAAACUUAAACUUUAUUGAAAUGUUUAUGCAAAUAUAGUAUAGAAAGUCAGCUAUCUAGCCUGCUACCAUCACUAAUUUCUGUAUAGGAUCACUGUAGAUAUAGAUACUGUAGAACUUUCUUCACUUGUGACUCAUUUGCUGCUGUUGUAGAUAAUCGCACAUGGAUGCCCUAAAUAAUUCCAGUGGCCAAAAGCAUUUUAUGCCAAAAAGUCACCCUUGAUUCAGUGAAUCACCUGUACAGUAUAUAUUGUAGGUCUGUACCUGCUAUGAUCUGCUGCUGUAUACAUAAAGGCUGUCCUGUGCUUACCCCAGGACUCUUAGUCACAGUAUGCGAAUUGGAAAUGACGGGUAUCAUCCACUGCUUGCAGCAGCUGUUAGUGAACACAUGGAGACCGCAAUUCUUUCCUCUGCCUGCUCAGUUCCAUUUCUCUUCAGGAAACUUGAAGUUGGUGAAAACCCUCAGAUCUAUGUGUGCGUGUGUGUGUGUGUGUGUGUGUGUGUGUGUGUGUGUGUGUGUGUGUGUUUCCUUUUCGUAUUCUCACUCAACCCAACAUGAGCUGUUCAUUUUUUUGCCCCUGAAUUUUCCAGUCCCCAUGGAAGGUGUCUAAUGUAAAUGUCAACACUGUGUAUCAAUGGUGUAACUGUCUGUACACCUUCAGAACGCCUUUUCUUUCCUGUGAAGCAGCUGAGGAGAACAUCUGCCUUGCGCAACAUGAGACUCAAAUCACACCACAUGCAGCAACACUCCCCAACAGCUAUGUGGUGCUUUCGACACUGCCUUGGACAGAAUUGUUGCAAAACUCAGCCUAAUCACAUCACUGGUGAGCGCUCAAUGGAGCAGAAGAGGCAGAAGCCACACAGGCUCCAGACCUGCCUGUUGUUUUGCAUGAAGGGUCGAGUGAAGAUGGAGCAUAUGCAGCCGGAGAGCACCAAGAGCAAACUGAGGGAGCUGGCACUCAAAUGGUUCACCGAGACCCAGGCUCCUCUCAUCCUCGACAAAGGCAACUUUCCUGCCUGGUUCCAGGGCUUCAUCAGCAGAAAGGAUGCAGAAGAUCAUCUAAGAGAUAAAGAACUGGGCUGUUUCCUUAUUCGCCUCAGUGAUAAAGCCACUGGAUACAUCCUGUCAUAUCGAGGACGUGACCGGUGCCGGCACUUUGUCAUCAACCAGAAUAAAGAGGGGCAGUUUAUCGUGACAGGAGACACUGAAAUGCACGAUACACUCACCAGCCUGAUUGAGUAUUACAAGACCAGUCCUAUUGAGCCAUUUGGAGAAUAUUUAACAGUGUCUUGUUUUGAGUUGCCUGCAAAUGAUCUCUACGAUGUGGUGCAGUUUGAGCCGAAGGUGAAGCCAGGGGUGAGUGUGGAAGCAGUAAGGAAGAUUUGGAACCAGCGAGUCGAACAGGCAGCUCAGUCUCAGCAUGCUCCAGUCUUGCCACCUAAGAACACCAGAAACACCCAAGCCAUCCCUCCAGUUCCAAAAAGAAGCUCCCCAGUGAAGACAAACUCCCUGGAGGAAAAAAGCAGUUUAGACAAUAAGGUACUACUAUAUGCCCAGCUGGAUCAGGCCAGGCCCCUGGAAAGCAGAAAUAGUGAUGCUAGAGCUGCGUGGGCGAGACAAAGGGGAGCCAUGCCAGUUUCUAGUCCACCAAAAGUCACAGCCCAGGACACGCCUGAACCAGGAAAGGGCACCAUCUAUUCAGAACUCAGCCUUUUGGACUGCAGGAGUAAAUCACUCCCCCUACUGGACGAUAACACAAGGGAAGAACGUUCAUACAACAUAAACACCUUUACAAUAAACCCACCUCAGCUGUCCCCUAAACUCCAGAGAGACUACGCUAAGAAAACCAGCAGCCAUGAGGUACCAAGCCACAGCCACAGUCUAGAUAAGCUAAGUGAUCAUUCCUUCUAUCAGCUGGCUGGCAAGUCUGCCAAUCAAAAUGACAGGAAGCAGCAAGAAAAGAGUGAUGCUACAUAUGCUGAAGUGCCUUGUGAACCCAGGCCAAACCAUUUGCUCUUAGAGAACACUUAUGAGCAAAUUCCUGAAUCAAGGUCCACUACAAACCCAAAAGAGAACUCUGUUCAGGGAAACACAUACGAGACACUAGAAGACUUCAAACCAAAGCCAAGCGAGUCAGCAUGGGGAUUUAAGGGUGACAAAUGGAAAAGGCUGCUACCUGAAAACUGGAAGAAAUGACAGCAUCUUCAUCCACUAAAUCAACUUUCACAUAUAAGCACGCAAAUCAUGAGAGUUACACUAAAAACAAAAGCAGUCUGUUUAUUUACCUUAUUUAUGUCAAGGCUAUUCUAAAUACAUUCAAAUGGUUAAAAUGCUGAUAUGAGGUUCUGUUCUUGUGUCCUUAACAGAUAUUUUUAUGUUUUUAAUUGUGUAGAAAUAUUUAAAUUUGUAUGUUUUUCAUUUGUAUUUAUUAACUUAAUAAAAAUCUAGUUAUCCAGAAAACACUGAGUUUGCAUUUAAAAGUUUUAUUGGCAUUUACUGGAAAUAUGACAUCAGGUUGACAGUACUUUGUAUUAACUCGACACUCAUUCAUGGCCUUGAUUAAAAAGAUGCUCCAUUAUAGUACUUCAGUUAGAUCCAUGGCUCACCAGAUGUCAUUUAAGAUGCAUUAGGCUAUUGGACCUGUUAACAUCAUGGUCAUGGAGAACUGGACUGGUGAGGAUGGAAAGAAAGUCUGUUACAUCUAUAACAUUUUAAUUGACUUUGGGUGUCACCUCGAUUCUCAAGCAGAGAAAAGAUAAAUAAUCUUUCUAGUCAACCUACACCUUAUGCCCUGUUCACUACUUUGCAAUGUCAAAUUAACCCAGACAAUCAUUCGAUUUUACAAAAAUAAAAUAGAUUUGAAAAUAACCAAUUUGCCAUGUUUAUCUAACUUUUAAUCACUAUAAACAAAAUUUAUGGACACAGAAAAGCCAUUUCUGCUUUGAGAUAGCAGAU